AUGCCACAGCUAAAGAUGUUCAAUUAUUUGGUGAAAUCCCUGCCGUUUUACUUGUCAGUGUUACUGUACUUCAUUUACUGGCCAGAAGACCCAACAUUUGAUCAUGUUGUCUAUAAACUACUUCCAAUCUUUUCAUUGGUUGCGUUCAUCAUCAUCUACUCACUGACAGUCAGCAAAAUAUCAAAGUUUGCAAUAGGUAUCAUUGUUGGUCUAGUCUUCUCGAGUUUUGGCGACUACUACUUAGUGCUCGGAGACGUCCAUUUUAUUCAAGGUACUAUUGCGUUUGCUGUCGCUCACAUAGUCUAUGGCAUAACCUUUGGUCUCAAGCCAUUCAAGCCUCUGAUACUUCUCAUCUGCGUAUUUGUCGGACUCGCAACAUACAUCUACUUGUUUCCAGGCUUGUCCCAAAUCUUUAUGUUGGUAGUUGCUAUAUAUGUGACUCUCAUUUAUUUUAUGGCCUGGAGAGCGCUGUCAAGAUGCCAGUUGAGUAAAUUGACCUGGGGACAGGUUUUCUGUGCACUCGGAGCCAUAUUGUUCCUGGUAUCGGAUUUCACCAUUGGAGUAGAGAAAUUUAGGACCGAUAUAUUGGUACCGCACGCAAAACUCAUCAUCAUGAGCUCAUAUUAUGCGGCACAGUUUUUUAUUACGAUGUCAGUUAUUGACUAUCCAACCAAAAAUGGCAGAGAAAAGGUUGAAUAGAUAUAGUAUGAUGUAGGUUAAUAUAAACUAUUCAACCAAAACUGGCAGAAAGAAGGCUGAAUAUGUAGAUAUUGUACUGUUCAGUAUUCUGUGAGAGGGAUUAGCAAUGAUCAGGAUUAUUAAUUUACUUUUCAAGUAGUGCAUAGUAUGUCUGUGUGUGUACACAGCAUCUAUGUAGAAUGACACACACAGGUUUGUGGAGGAGUACUACCGGUAGUAUGUUUAAGCUAUGAAAACCAAGUAAGUCAAAUAGUCAACAAUGAUAAUGAUGAU